AUGCUCAACACCACAACACUAAAUUCUUCGAAUCCUCCUGCCCAUCCGCAGGUCACGAUUAAUAAGAAGGAACAUCAUACACAAUAUAUUUAUGGCGAAAAACUUACAGUUACUCCUCUAGGUGCAGGAAAUGAAGUCGGAAGAAGUGCUGUUCUUUUACAAUUUAAAGGAAAAUCAGUCUUGUUUGAUUGUGGUAUCCAUCCUGCUUUUAGCGGAAUGGCUAGCCUUCCGUUUUUUGACGAGAUUGAUCCUAGCGAAGUUGAUCUUGUACUAGUCACACAUUUUCACCUGGAUCAUUGUGGAGCAUUACCCUAUUUUACGGAACAUACAAAUUUUCAAGGAAGAGUAUUCAUGACCCAUCCAACGAAAGCCAUUUACAAGUUAUUACUUUCUGAUUUUGUGAAAGUUAGUGAUGUUCAUGUGGAUGAUCAACUUUUUACGGAGCAAAACUUGCUUGACUCUUUGAAAAAGAUUGAGCUUAUUGAUUAUCAUCAAGAGAUGGAGCAUAAUGGAAUCAAAUUUUGGUGUUAUAAUGCAGGACAUGUGUUGGGUGCUGCCAUGUUCAUGGUGGAAAUUGCAGGAGUUCGUGUUUUAUACACUGGCGACUUUUCUAGACAACCAGAUCGUCAUCUUUUAGGCGCUGAAACUCCAACACUCUCUCCUGAUGUUCUAAUUGUUGAGUCAACAUAUGGAAUUACAGUAUUCGAAAGCCAGAUAGACAGAGAAAGACGUUUCACUCAAAUGGUCACAGAAGUUGUGAGAAGAGGAGGACGCUGUUUAAUUCCUGUCUUUGCUUUAGGAAGAGCACAGGAAUUGUUAUUAAUAUUGGAUGAAUAUUGGGAAACACAUCAAGAAUUACAACACAUUCCAAUCUACUAUGCAUCAUCUCUUGCAAAGAAAUGUAUGACCAUCUUCCAAACGUACAUUAACAUGAUGAAUGACAAGAUUAGAAAACAAUUCGAUAUUCACAAUCCUUUUGUAUUUAAGCACAUAAGUAAUUUAAAAUCAGUCGAGGACUUUCAAGACAAUGGUCCAUGCGUAAUUAUGGCCAGUCCUGGUAUGCUCCAGUCUGGUCUCUCGAAGGAAUUGUUUGAAUUAUGGUGCCAAGAUGCAAAGAAUGGUGUUAUUAUUCCUGGUUAUGCAGUUGAUGGAACAUUGGCCAAAAGAAUUAUGAGUGAACCUGAAACUGUUACUUUAUCGAAUGGUAAUACUGUGCCAUUGCGAAUGUCAGUCAAGACUAUUUCAUUUUCUGCUCACUCUGACAAGGCUCAAACAGAGGAAUUCAUCAGUACUGUGAAGCCUCCACACAUUAUCCUGGUUCAUGGCGAUGCAGCAAAUUGUCAUCGUUUGAAGCAAGCGUUACAAACCAAAUUCACAGAAAGUAGAGUCUAUGCUCCAAAAAAUUGUACAUCGGUUCAGAUUAUGUUCCAAGGUGAAAAAAGAGCUAAGGUACUUGGCCAACUUGCUAUGAAGAAGUACGAAGAUAACGACGAAAUUAACGGUAUCUUACUGCAUCAUAACUUCCAACACUUGCUCUUGAAUGAGAAGGAUUUAAAACUUUACUCUGAUGUGUGCUGUUCUGGUGUAAAACAAACGCUGCUUGUUCCUUUAAAUGAUAACGUGCCAUAUGAAAGCUUAAUUAGAAAAUUGUUCCAAAAUGUGACAGUUGAAUAUCGUUCAAAGAAUGGAGAAGUGAAAACAGAGCAGGGAACUGACAGCAUGGACACCACCACAGACGACACAUCUGUUCAAACAUCCACUUCCAGUCACACAAAGAAAGCUCCAAUAGACUUUGCAGAUGAUGAAUCAACAAUUAUUACCAUUGAUGGAGUAGUAAGGCUCGAACUAAAAUUGAAAGAAAAAACUCCAUGUGCUUUGAUUGAAUGGCCAAGUAGCUCUGCAAAUGACUGUAUUGUAGAUGGUAUUUGCAAUCUUAUUUUAUAUUCUGAUCGUACACUGCAUGAAGAUAUACUCGAAGAAGGAAAGGAUGAACUGAAAAUGCUCUAUUGUAUUCAACAAAUGAUUAAGGAACACUUUGGAGAAUGUGUAUGUAGACUUUCAGAGGAUAAGGAAAUUGAGGUCAUUGAUCCCUCUCAGCGAGUUCUCCUCAAAAUAUCGAGCAUGGGAGAAAUUACCUUGUGUGAAGAUGAGAGAAUGAGAGGCUUUUUGGAAAUUGUCAUGAGGAGAGUGUUCAUGACAAUGUUCCCACUCCCAACAAUGAUGGGAUGUCUUGAUGAUUGCGAUCAUACGCUUCACACGCACUAA